AUGUUAACAGUACAUGGACCUUAUGGAGGAUGGUCACGUGUUAAGGGGGAACCCUACAGUAAGAAGGACAGGAAGAUAAAGGAUGAGCAGCAGCGCGGAAAGUACCGGCCGAGCCCUGGAGUACUGCUUGAACAUGGAGAACAUGAACCUCUCUGCUAUCCGGACGAUAAGAGUCCUCAGGCCUCUCAGGGCCAUCAACAGGAUUCCAAGUAA